AUGUUGUCGAACCAUCAGCUCGCUGUCGCCCUGUGCGUGCUGGCCCUUGCGGCACCCCACGUCUCCUCGGAAUACUCCAACGGGUUCAAAAUUUUCGGGAAAAUCGUCAGGCAGUACAUCAAGUCUCAACCCGACGACAUUUUGAUUGGCGAGGGUGUGCAUCUAGUUAAUAGUAAAAGUGCCGACGGGGAAGCUAGAGCUUUAAGUGAUGAUGGUACCAUAUUUAGUGCCCUCGAGAAUUACCUUAGAAGCCACGAGUUGAGGAUUAAACUUCCAGAGUUGAUGCCCGGCGAAGAGUUGGGACGGUCUUUCAAAAUAGCUAUGGAUAAAGUUGAUAAGGCGAAUGAAAAUGGUACCGGUCGUGGCAAGGGAGGUGGCGGCGGUGGCGGUGGAGGCGGUAACGGCAUAGCCUUCGUCGGAAUGAUGGGGGCAAAGUUUAUGGCGGCCCUCGGUAUCGGCGGAGUUGGUCUCCUCGCGAUGAAAGCUCUGAUGGUGUCGGCUCUGGCCCUUCUGCUGGCCACCGUUGUCGGUCUCAAGAAACUCGUGCAUCACGAAGGGGAUGAAGGCGGGCACCACGUGAUUCACGCCUCCGCUCACGGCCAUCACGAGUACAGGAAGAAAAGGGAGGCGGCUGCUGAUCUAGCCUACAACGCGUGGGAGGGGUACAAGAGGAGAUAG